AUGAAUCCAGUUUGGCAGACAUUAAAUUUUAAUUUAAAUAUUAGCUUCCGUUUCCAUUUCUCAUUGUGGUGUAAUGUCAACAAUGCUAAAGAAAUCCAAACAAAAAUACAUUCAAAACAAUUUCCCACCCUUACAAACGCUUUCGUUGUUUUAAUUAAUAGUGAUGUCAUCAUCGAUAUAGUUCAGAUAGAAGCCGCUAUUACCCAGGCUUUAAUCCAUUAUAACGAGGAAUCUUCGGGUGGAAUGUAUACACGAGGGUUGGCUACAGAGAUUCUAUAUUGCCUUAGCCCGAACCGAUCGAUUACUCAUGCGCUGGAUACAUUUGGAAUUAAAGCAUCUACCAAAGAACUAAUUGUAGGGAUCAUUCAUUCCACAGAUGUUUAUCAACCAAAUGAUGCAGUUUUACAAGAGUACUUAUCACAAAUUGAAAAUACAAUUCAAGGUACAAUAAAUACUGGUUCAUUGACACAGUUGGUCAAGAACACUGAUACAGUUUGUCAAGAAUAUGGAAUAACGAACUUAGAACUAAGUUUAAUCAAUAAGUCAGAUGAUCCUCAUAAAUCUUUACUUGAGAGUAUUUUAAGUCGUAUGGCAUCAAGGGAUCUUUUCAGACCUUGA